CUCAUCUCAACUCGACUCGACUCUCUUCGUCUCGAUUCAUCUCAUCACAUCAUCUUCUCUCUCAAAGUAACACCCUUUUGUCCAUCAGGAACUACAUGAGUUUGCUUCUCAGUCGUUGAGUGGCACUAGUAGUGGAGACGUCUUUCGCCUCCAUCCUCCUCCCACCCCGCAUUCAGACAAUCACCAUCCUCUGUCCACUGCAGCUGAAGGAUCACCACUGAACAUAAGGUGACAUCUCCUAGGUCUGUACCAUGUUGCUCGAUGGUGUAUCCAGUACCUUCCUUCUUCUCUAGCGCUGACAGCGAUAAGCCCCAGAGAAGGACGCAUCAGUAGGACCGAGCCCCUUAAUAGCCUGCUCUAUUGCAACGUCUUCGAUCCUCCUCGGCGCGCCUUAUACCAAGAUCCUAAGAUCUCAUCCCCAGCGCCUCCUACCGACCCACCAAGUAUUUGUCAAUUCUUUCGCCUGACUAAACUUUCACAGACAUUGGUCAUCCUCCCCUUCAUAAUGGCAUAACAUGACCAUUGCCAGUCCAUACAACUUUGCCCUUAAGCAAACAUCAAGCCAGAUUUAACUCUGCCGACUCGCCGUGGAGAUAGUUCGGUACAUUCUUCGGUACAUUCGGUACACACUUGAUAAGCCUCUUUUUGUGUUGGACCCUAGAUCCACCACCCCAGAACGACUACUCCGCAACAGGCUUUUAUGAACGAGCGGUCCUCAUUUCACCGGAAUAGCAAGCGUCAAUUUCAAGCCUCUUGACAGGUCACAUCCAUCCUUCCCCGCAUUUUCAACUCGAACUCGACACUCAAGGUUCGAGUCGACUCAGAUCUCCCCCUCGUGUACCUUCUUUGCCUACCCGUGCCAACCCUUGUCCGUCAUUAUGUCUCCAUCGCUUGUGACACGUACUUCGACCUGGCCGAGUCUGUCCCAGCUCGGUCCACGGGCAGAACAUGCUUUCUCCCUGGAUCCUCCUUUUGGGGGCCGCGGAACCCAAGAAUUGGCCAGCUCAGCCAUUCGAUUCUGACUGGCAUAUAUAAACCCUACUCCCGUCUCUCUUGGUUCGUCCUUGGUGCGACAAGUCCAUUCAGACACCCAACCUUUGGCACAGCCCUCCAGUAUCGACUUAGACAACCGUACUCGCACUCAUCAUGGCUACCACCAACGGCGUCAAUGGUGCCAAUGGUGUCAAUGGUGUCAAUGGCACUCACAAGACCGCUCAUGUUUCCGUCGACGAAUUUGUCCAGCAAAGUUACGAUUACCUCAUCGUCGGUGGUGGCACAGCCGGCCUCACAGUCGCUGCCCGUCUCACCGAGAACCCAGAUGUCACUGUUGGCGUGAUAGAGGCUGGCAAGAACCGUUUGGGAGAUCCUCUCGUCGAUACUCCCGCCCUCUUUACACAAAUGCUGGGCAACAAGGAGUAUGAUUGGGCAUACGACACUGUUCCUCAGGCUGGAAAUCGCAACAGAAUCCAUCAAAUACCCCGUGGUCGUGCCCUUGGUGGCUCCUCUGCAAUCAACUACAUGAUGUACGUGCGAGGCUCUGACCAAGACUAUGACGAUUGGGCUGCCUUGGCCGAUGACCCAUCCUGGUCUGCAAAGGCUAUGAAACAAUACAUGCGCAAGCAUCAGACCUUGGAGCCCAUCGACGAGAGAAUCACCGAUCGCACUACUAUGCCAUUUGUGGGAGAAAAUCACGGCACCAGUGGACCGGUCCGAACGAGCUUUAAUGACUCCAAACUUCCCAUCGAAGAUGACAUUGUCAAGGCCGCCGAUCAUGCCGCUGGUUUUGAUAAAAAGCCCAUUGACCCUUGGAGCGGUGACCAUAUUGGCUUCUACAACACUCUGGGCUCCAUCGUUCGCACUGGUCCAAACAAAGGCAAACGAAGCUAUGCUGCCCGAGGAUACUAUCAGGCCAAUGAGAAUCGCCCCAAUCUCAAGGUAAUCACCGAGUCCCUAGUUUCCAGAGUCAUCCUUGACAAUGACAUCGCCACUGGCGUCGAGUUCGUGUCAGCCGGCCAGAAGUACACAGUCAAGGCCAAGCGCGAAGUCAUCGUCUCUGGAGGCGCAAUCAAUUCCCCUCAGAUUCUCGAGCUCUCUGGCAUUGGUGAUCCGGAGAUUCUGAAAGCCGCAGGCGUUGAUGUCAAAGUCAAUCUCCCCACGGUUGGCACUAACUAUCAAGACCAUGUAGUCGGCGCUACGGUCUACCAGCUUGCCCCUGGCCAGAUGUCCGGCGAAGCCGUCUAUAUUCCUGAAGUCAUGGCUGCAGCCCAAAAGGCUCUGAUCGAAGAGCAGGGUGGUCCUCUCACCAGCAUCCAGUCCGUCCAGGGCUUUUUCCCCAUAAAAAUCUUCCUCGAAGAUGGAGAACUCGAUGAGAUCAUCAAAUCCAUCCAGGACACCAAACCGGAGACCGAGUUUCAAAAGAAACAAUGGGAACAGGUCAUCUCACACUUGAAGAGCGACAAAUCGGCCAACUUCCAGAUGGUUUUCAUCAGUGUCACAGGAGACCUCGAAAACGGAACCGCAGACCAGUCAAAACUUUGGCCACCACCGUCGAGCCCUGACCAGCCACAUGGUAUCACCUUUGCUCUUUGCCUCCAGUACCCUGUCGCCCGUGGAACCAUCCACAUUAAAUCCGCCGACCCGACUGUGUAUCCAACUAUCAACCCUAACUACCUCAAUCACCCCGCCGAUAUCGCUGUGAUGGGAGCAGCUUACAAGUUCGCUGAGAAGCUGUGCGCAGCCCCUGUUCUAGAAGGCAAGAUCGGCAAGCGUGUCCAUCCUCCACCGGAACAAUACCCAUUGAAUACCGUUGCCGAGCGCCGUAAGGCCGCAGAGGCAUACUGUAUCGGAGAGUAUCACAGCUGUGGCAGCUGCGCUAUGGGAAGCACCGUGGAUAGUCACUUACGCGUGUAUGGUGUCAAGAACCUCCGCGUCAUUGAUGCUAGUGUCUUUGCGAAUAAUGUCAGUGGCAACAUUGUGAGCAGCGUCUAUGCCUUGGCAGAGAAGGGUGCAGAUCUCAUCAAGCAGGAUUGGGACUAUGCAGCCCUAAACAAGGUGGCCAAGUGAAACGAUUUCUGUCUUAUUCCUUUACGCUAGCAGUUGGUGCGCAAUCAAAGUCUGUUGGUGUCUGUUCUCGAUUCUGUGAUUAUACGUAUGGUCAUUUAGCAAUAAACUCCAUCCGCC